UCACGAUGUUUCCUCAAGAUUACAUUGUGAUGGAUCCCCGCGCGUUGCGGGCUAUUCGAGUGCUAAGACCUCUGAAGCUAGUCUCUGGCAUACCUAGUCUACAAGUUGUUUUGAAAUCCAUCAUCAAAGCCAUGGCGCCUCUGCUUCAGAUAGGAUUACUGGUUUUAUUCGCCAUCGUUAUAUUUGCAAUCAUAGGGUUGGAAUUCUACUCUGGUGCCUUACAUAGAACUUGUUAUAGCCUUUAUAAUAUAGAUGAAAUAGUGAAAGAAGGCGAAGAAGCAGUACCGUGCAAUACGGACAAUGAAACACAAGCAAAAAACCAAGGAAGUAACUGGUGUCGAGAUGGGAAUUCGGUAUGCUUGGAGAGAUGGCAGGGUCCAAAUAAUGGUAUUACAUCAUUCGAUAAUAUUGGGUUCGCAAUGCUCACUGUUUUUCAGUGUAUUACUAUGGAGGGAUGGACAGCCAUUUUGUACUGGGUGAGUAAUCUAACAAUUUAUAUCUUUAAGUGA